UUCGGGGGCGAGGUGAGGUGAGGUGAGGUGGUUAUGUAAGACGUGUGUAAGGAGAGAUGGGAUAGUUGGGUAUAAAGGGUUGCUUCCCAUGGGGGGGUAUGGGGAGAAUAUUAUCAUUAUUACCAUCAUCAUCAUUACCAUACCACCAUCAUAGAGAUUUUCGGACUCGAAUCAAUCCAACAUAUCACCUUCGGACUUACGUAUCUACCUACAUACGCAUAUACUCAAUCCACUCAAGCCAUCGGUCGAGUAAUCAACCCGAAUAUCUUUCUACGAUAUCUACACGAUACAACGCACGAUACUACACAAACACACGAUACAACUACACCUCAAAAUGGGCUGCUUCGCAUCUAAACCAACAACGAGCCGCCGCGCAAUGCGGCAAUCUCGCCAUAACGGACACCAUGGCGCUGGGUAUGCGGGCGGGUAUGGAGUGGCGGCUACAGGAGGAGGGUUCUUUGGUGGGGGGGAUGGAGGGGGAGGUGGAUUUGGAGGCGGAGGAGGAGAUGGAGGGGGAGGUGGUGGAGGUGGUGGAGGUGGUGGAGGAGGAUGUUAAUUGUGAGGGUAUGAGAAUGCGGGAUAACACGGCGUUUUGGGUUCGAUUAUGAUUGCGAAGCACUACAAGAAGACUUUCUGGGGAGUAGAUUACUUGGGUUACCCAGACGGUUGUAUACUUAUUAAUUUCGCCUUGACAUGGUCAUUAUCGUCAACACUUUUCCUCACGUAUGGUU